AGGACAUGGCCGCUUCCGGCGUUUCUCCCGAGCCGGCGCUCGCCUGACCGUGGACGACGCCCGAGCCCGCCGCCCUACGCCCUCCCGCGGCGGCCUCCGACCUCGUCCGCCUCCACACCUGGUCCGCCGCCAUGGACCGGAGCUCCAGCUGCGAGAGUCUGGGCGCCCAGCCCGCCGCCGCGCGGCCGCCCAGCGCGGACUCCCUGUCCAGUUAAUGUGUUAAGAGCCAUGACAUUUGAAGAUCAUCUGAAGUGAAGAUAAAACAUCUCAAAAAUUAUAAUUGCUUCUACUUCUCAUUCCGAAAAUUCGGUGCAUACAAAAUCAGCCUCUGUUGUGUCUUCAGAUUCUAUUUCAACUUCUGCAGACAACUUUUCUCCUGAUUUGAGGGUCCUGAGGGAAUCUAAUAAAUUAGCAGAAAUGGAAGAACCACCUUUGCUUCCAGGAGAAACUAUUAAAGAUAUGGCCAAAGACGUAACUUAUAUAUGUCCCUUCACCGGUGCUACACGAGGAACGCUGACCGUCACCAACUACAGGCUAUAUUUCAAAAGCAUGGAGCGGGAUCCUCCAUUUGUUCUAGACGCUUCUCUUGGUGUAAUUAGUAGAGUAGAAAAAAUUGGUGGUGCCUCUAGUCGAGGUGAAAAUUCUUAUGGACUGGAAACUGUAUGCAAGGAUAUUAGGAAUUUGCGAUUUGCUCAUAAACCUGAGGGGCGAACAAGAAGAUCUAUAUUUGAGAAUCUGAUGAAAUAUGCAUUUCCUGUUUCUAACAGCCUGCCUCUGUUUGCUUUUGAGUACAAAGAAGUAUUUCCUGAGAAUGGAUGGAAACUCUAUGACCCUCUUUUGGAAUAUCGAAGGCAGGGCAUUCCAAAUGAGAGCUGGAGAGUAUCAAAGGUAAAUGAGCGCUAUGAACUCUGUGACACAUACCCCGCCCUCUUGGUUGUGCCUGCAAAUAUUCCUGAUGAAGAACUAAAGAGAGUGGCAUCCUUCAGGUCCAGGGGCCGAAUUCCAGUUUUAUCAUGGAUUCAUCCUGAAAGUCAAGCCACAAUCACUCGAUGCAGCCAGCCCAUGGUAGGAGUGAGUGGAAAGCGAAGCAAGGAGGAUGAGAAAUACCUUCAAGCCAUCAUGGAUUCUAACGCUCAGUCGCAUAAAAUCUUUAUUUUUGAUGCUCGGCCCAGCGUUAAUGCUGUAGCCAAUAAGGCCAAGGGUGGAGGUUAUGAAAGUGAAGAUGCCUAUCAAAAUGCAGAGCUGGUUUUUCUGGAUAUCCAUAAUAUUCAUGUGAUGAGAGAAUCAUUACGAAAACUUAAGGAGAUCGUGUACCCCAACAUUGAAGAGACUCACUGGUUGUCUAACUUGGAGUCUACUCAUUGGCUAGAACAUAUUAAGCUUAUCCUUGCAGGGGCUCUUAGGAUUGCUGACAAGGUGGAGUCAGGGAAGACAUCAGUGGUGGUGCACUGCAGCGACGGCUGGGACCGCACAGCUCAGCUCACCUCCCUGGCCAUGCUCAUGCUGGAUGGCUACUACAGAACCAUACGAGGGUUCCAAGUCCUUGUAGAGAAGGAGUGGCUAAGCUUUGGACAUCGAUUCCAGCUGCGAGUUGGCCAUGGAGAUAAGAACCACGCAGAUGCGGACAGAUCACCUGUUUUCCUCCAAUUUAUUGACUGUGUCUGGCAAGUGACAAGACAGUUCCCUACGGCCUUUGAGUUCAAUGAAUACUUCCUCAUUACCAUUCUGGACCACCUUUACAGCUGUUUAUUUGGGACAUUUCUCUGUAAUAGUGAACAGCAAAGAGGAAAAGAGAAUCUACCUAAAAGGACUGUGUCAUUGUGGUCUUAUAUCAACAGCCAGCUAGAAGACUUCACCAAUCCUCUCUAUGGGAGCUACUCCAAUCACGUUCUCUAUCCAGUAGCCAGCAUGCGCCAUUUAGAGCUCUGGGUGGGAUAUUACAUAAGGUGGAAUCCGAGGAUGAAACCCCAGGAGCCUAUUCAUAACAGAUAUAAGGAACUUCUGGCAAAACGAGCAGAGCUCCAGAAGAAAGUAGAGGAAUUACAGAGAGAGAUUUCCAACCGGUCAACUUCUUCCUCAGAGAGGGGAAGCUCCCCUGCACAGUGUGCCACUCCUGUCCAGACUGUAGUGUAAGGACUGGGGCUGCUUAUGACAGACUCAUUGUAGGGCCACUCUAUGGCCCAUCUGUGGGGGGAAAAUCCACAUGCGUACUAUUUAGAUCUGCCUCCAAUGAGUUGAACUGUGCAGCAGUGUGCAUCCAGUUCCUAACAUCUAUCUUUUACCCUGGCACCUGAAGAUCAAAAUGGGAUAAAGUGUGCUACAAAGGAAUGUGUUUUGUGAGAUCAUCUAAUGGGCCUAGUGUACAACAGAUCAAAGUCAUUUAACACACCCUUUCUCCAGUUUUCCUUCUAGUGUAAGUAGUAAAGAAAAAUUACUGCUGAUAUUAUUUAUAUACUACUAAAAGUAGGGUGUUUCAAAGUGACACCUUAUAAAGAGUUGCUUCAGGGAGGAAGCACCCAUUUGUCCAGUUUCUCCCCACUGUAACUUUAUGCUACUAAGACUUUUUUCUCUAUAGAUAGCUUAUGAUAAGAAACACUAUGCUUAAAUUUUUUCACAAAAUAGUUUACUAUUUUUUCCUAAUUCUACUGAGUGAUAAGUCUACCAAAGAACACAAUGCAUGUCAAGAAUUAAAUUAAAUCUCAAGGCCAGUAGAAAAAAAUCUUGCUUUGCUGUUCACCUAUAAGUUUGGUGCUGGUAUAUAAACAUGACUCUGUAGUAAGAGCCAUAUAUGUAAUGUACUGUAACAAAGGAAAGAAACUUCAUACAUUGUCCAUGUCCAAAGUUACCUUUUGCAGAAACUUUACUUGAAAGUAUUUAAGUGCAUUUUUCAAAUGGAAAUGCUCACUUUCAGAUUUGUCCUGACACUCAAAUCAAACAAUAAAAAUCCACUAUUUUUUCCAAU